UUGACGCGACGCGACUUUGUGUCCGCGACGCUUCAUUAGUUUUGCCCCCGUGCCCCAAGCUCGGAGUCUAGCCCGGUUGUGCAAAGUCAUCUGGCCCGCAUUGUCUUGUCCUAUCACAGUCCCGGGUGCUAUUUUCUCCCACCCUCCAUCGUUGAUAUCUGCAGAUCAUCUGCACGCGCAUAUUGGUUUCCGUCGUGCAUAGUCCCUGCAGAGGUUUCCUCAGCUUGCCAUCCCAGGGUGCAUUCCCACUGGUCUACCCGCCGUUUACACUAACGCGGGAGUAACAAUUACUGACCUUCUAGGUCUCAGUCUCUAUCAAGAAAGGAAAACAGGUUUUCUUGGAAAGCGAAUCGUGGCCAUGGCUACUAAUUCGUUUCGCGACUCAGUCAACUCAUUGGGCUGGUCUCGGAGAGACCCAGACGUCCCCGUACGCACUAACGCCUCGUCCACGUCUUUCCUAUCUCGGUUACAGUCAUGGAAUCCACUCGGUCAAGGCGAGGGAUACGUGCAACUGCCCACUCAUGAAGCUCCAGGAGCUCCCCUCCCGGCUGCAAGUCGACGGGAGGAGGAAGAUAGUUUCUUCGCCUUGAGUCGGUGGGAUCGUAUGCUCGUAUUCAUUGCGUGCAAUGCCGGUGCCGCUGUCUGUUUCUUUAUUUGCUUUUUCUUAUUUCCGGUGCUCUCGCUCAAACCCCGCAAAUUCGCCAUCCUAUGGUCUGUGGGUUCCUUACUGUUUCUGCUGUCAUGGGCAGUUCUCAUGGGACCCUUGAUUUACGCUAAACACUUGGUCUCGGGACCACGACUGCCGUUUACUGCCGCCUAUUUUGGGGCGAUUGCCAUGACUCUAUACUUCGCUGUCGGGCGACAUAACACCUUCCUCACCCUCAUUUCGUCGAUCUUUCAACUGGCCGCUCUGAUCUGGUACCUGGUCAGCUAUUUUCCCAUGGGUAGCACUGGGUUGCAAUUCAUGGGACGGUUUGGAGCGCAGCGCGUUACAACUUGGAUGACCAGCUGACUGCCCCUCGCCAGAUGUCUACUGCGGACUAACCGAUCGUCGCAUGAUAGACCCAGCUUAUGUAUUCUACAAUUCUACAUCCCUUGUACACCUCGAUGAAUGGAUAACGAAUUGCGAAAAGACUCCUCUAAAUAUGUCUAUAAUGUAUUAAACCAGAUUAAAUCGCUCGCGCGCUAACUUACACUCCACUGUGCCCUUUCAACACAAUAAAUACCU